UGGGAUGAGAGCUGCCUUGGACACCGCAGCCUCACGAGUGGUUAUGAAAUAUCGUGACACCAGUCGUUGGCGUCGUCAGUGGAAAUGUGGCGACUGAUCUGCAGUCUCCCGCGAUGGUUCCUCCAAAGAUGAACACGCGCCACGCUGGUACCGGGCUUUGGUUUCACAGUGGCUGGGUCGGUCUGCAGCAGGGGAUCCCUGACAUGGAGGAGGGGGGGUUAUUCUGGAGAUCUCCAGCAGGAUGAGCAAUGGUUGCCUUUUAAUUCCACUUCUUCCUAGGUUGAUGGUUUGCACCAGCUGCCUACAGAUCAGAUCACACUGGAGGAAACUGAAUCAAAACUAACAGAUCUGAACUGAGCAGACCAGACCGAUCCACACGACACCAGGCCCGUCCAGGAGGCCUGUCCCAGUUUCCUAUCCAGUUGAGGGCUCACGAGUGGAUGGAAGGAGAUGACUUUAACACAGAGGCAGUGAUGAACAUCUGUGAUGACCUGAUGGCAGACCAAAGGAUGGACAUCUCGUCUACAAUGACUGACUUCAUGUCCCCUGGGUCCACCGACCUCAUCUCCAGCUCCAUCAGCACGCCUGGCAUGGACUACACACGCAAGAGGAAGGGCAGCACCACCGACUACCAAAUUGAUGGCUUCUCAUUUGAUGACAUGGACCCAGACAAAGAUAAGCUUGGAGGUGAUCAACAGGGCCGGAUUAAGAAUGCCAGAGAGGCUCACAGCCAGAUCGAGAAGCGGCGCAGGGACAAGAUGAACAGCUUCAUUGACGAGCUGGCGUCGCUGGUGCCCACCUGUAACGCCAUGUCCCGCAAGCUCGACAAGCUGACGGUCCUGCGCAUGGCUGUCCAGCACAUGAAGACACUCAGAGGUGCAGCCAACCCGUACACAGAGGCCAACUACAAACCUUCCUUCCUGUCGGAUGAUGAACUCAAACACUUGAUACUAAGGGCUGCUGAUGGUUUCUUGUUUGUGGUCGGGUGCGAUCGUGGCAAAAUUCUCUUUGUUUCUGAAUCGGUCUACAAAAUCCUCAACUACAGCCAGAACGACCUGAUAGGUCAGAGCCUGUUCGACUACCUUCACCCCAAGGACAUUGCCAAGGUCAAAGAGCAGCUGUCCUCUUCCGACACAGCCCCACGAGAGAGGCUCAUUGACGCUAAAACUGGUCUACCAGUGAAGACAGACAUCACUCCUGGUCCGUCUCGACUCUGUUCUGGAGCCAGACGGUCAUUUUUCUGCAGGAUGAAGUGCAACAGGCCGUCUGUCAAAGUAGAAGAUAAAGACUUUCCCUCCACCUGCUCCAAGAAAAAAGCCGACCGCAAGAGCUUCUGCACCAUCCACAGCACCGGCUACCUGAAGAGCUGGCCUCCCACCAAGAUGGGGCUCGACGAGGACAACGAGCCCGACAACGAGGGCUGCAACCUGAGCUGCCUGGUGGCCAUCGGCCGUCUGCACCCCCACAUCGUUCCCCAGCCCAGUCUGGCAGACAUCAGGGUGAAGCCCACAGAGUACGUCUCCCGGCACGCCAUCGACGGCAAAUUCGUCUUCGUUGACCAGAGAGCCACAGCCAUUCUCGCCUACCUGCCCCAGGAGCUGCUGGGAACCUCCUUCUACGAGUAUUUCCACCAGGACGACAUCGGCCACUUGGCCGAGUGCCACCGACAAGUGCUGCAGAUGAGAGAGAAGAUCAACACCAACUGUUACAAAUUCAAGAUCAAAGACGGCUCCUUCAUCACGCUGAGGAGCCGCUGGUUCAGCUUCAUGAAUCCCUGGACCAAGGAGGUGGAGUACAUCGUCUCCACCAACACCGUUGUGUCGUGUCCGAUGAUGGAAGGAUCAGACUACCCUCAAUCUGCUGCCUCGCCUCAGAGUAUGGACAGUCAUCUCACCUCAGAGGGCGGCGGGAGACGGGCGCUGCAGACGGUACCUGGGAUCCCAGGUGGCACGAGAGCGGGAGCCGGAAAGAUUGGACGCAUGAUUGCGGAGGAAGUGAUGGAAAUUCAGAGGAUCCGAGGCUCCUCCCCCUCCAGCUGUGGCUCCAGCCCUCUAAACAUCACCAGCACCCCCCCACCCGACACCUGCUCCCCCGGAGGGAAGAAGAUUCAGAAUGGAGGGACACCCGAGCUGCCGAGCACGGGGAUCAUUCCCGGACCUGAUUCCGUCGGCUACCCGUACUCCAACCAGUCCAUCAUGAGUGACAACUCCCACCUGAGCAUAGACAUCAUGGACGAGCCCGGCUCCAGCAGCCCCAGCAACGACGAGGCGGCCAUGGCGGUCAUCAUGUCCCUGCUGGAGGCGGACGCCGGCCUGGGCGGCCCCGUCGACUUCAGCGACCUGCCCUGGCCUUUGUGAGAAAAGCCGGAAGGGAAGAAGCACCGAGAGCCGCCGGUGGAGAGAGUCGGGUCGGGUCGGACUCCGGCUGCCAUGUUUGCUGCGCUCUGCACGCAACUGCAUUGCAAAAAAGUUCAUCUGCACACAUUUUCAAUUUCAAGUUUUAGGUUUUUCCUCACAGGAGGAGAGGAGACGGUUUUUAGUGCAGACGAUUCUGGAUGCUCAGAUCUCAGCUCGUCCACUUCCUGUCCGUGGACCCGUAUCUUCACCGGAGCAGAGAGGUGGAUCAGUAGCUCGUAAUCCAGACGAUGUGUUUAGAUGAUCGUGUUUGCAGUGGUGGUCGUGUGCAGACGAGGGGGUUCUCUGACAUCGCCACGGUUACAGACAUUACUCUUUAAAAAAAAACAAACAGUCCAGUUAAAGGAGAGAGAAGUCGUAGGUCUGAGGUGCUAACGUCUCUGCUGAUGGACGGAUCUGACGCCAUCGCCAGGUCACGAGCCGACAACCGGGACUCCUGAGACGUUCAUGGACAUAAACUGAAGUUUGAUGUGGGUUUUGGGGGGAGGGGCGGUGGUGUCGGUGCCUCCCACCACGGACCCUCUCGUCGUCUUCAUCAACACCUCUAACGUAGGACGCGGUGCACUUCACAGGAAAUGGUCAUUUUGUCCGCCUGAUCAUGGGAAACCGUCGCGCUGUCCUCCUCUGGAGUUUCACCCUGAAGACACUCGGAAGGUUUUUAUUUCCUAAACUCACACAAGUCUGAGUUCAGUUAAAGAAUCAAACAAACCGAGCUGCUGUUUCCUGAACUCGCACGAACGCUAACAACUUUUUCUCCAAACAAAUUUAAAGCUGAUAUUCAGUCGAUGUUAUUUUCCCGAGUUAAAACAAAAACCAUCCGAGUACCUGCGGGACUCCAGCGAGUCUGAAAUUAUAGAGGACGCUCGGUUCAGGUUUCAAACUUAACGUGAUCCAAAUAAACCGAGAUCAAAGCGUCAGACUUUGACGGAGAACACGUGGUUACGUUAAUCUGCCGGCGGCAGCAGCCCGGUGUGUGUGGGUGUGUUUUCACGGCUGUGGCGUCGCACACUCAGUUUCCCUCCGCAGACGUUUCCCAGAGAAAUCUUUCCCGCCGCUCCUCACGCUCGGCUUUCUCCGGCUGUUCACGCUCUUCAGCCUGUCGCCUGCACAUCUCCGACCACGUGUGAAGCACUUCAGACGCAGUGAAACUGUCCGUCACUAAACUCCGUGGAUCCGUUUUCAGAUUCGACACAGAGACGCUGUUUUGUCUUUAUUUAAAAUCUGUCGUGGACGUUCAGAUGAAAUACCUCCGAGUUUAAUUCUACUGCAACAGAGACGACGACGGUUGAUCUUGAAUUUGGUUUAGCACUUAACUAAUCUGCAGAUGUUCUGUGGCUGUACGCGUCAUUGCAACCUCCCUCGUUAGCAGAAGGGGGCGAUGACGCAGACGGGGGCGGUUAAAGAUACAGCAGAGAGAGUGUGUGGGGGUGGGGCGGAGCUACGCGACGUCCUCUGAUCUCAUUGGCUGGCGGUGAACACGGUCUCGAGGACGUGUUAGUUUUAAAAAUGAAAAUCCUCAACGCUGCUUCUUUACCUCGCCAGCUCCGCGCCGCUGUCGUCAUGCCAACAGAGUCUGUUCAGAGGAGACGUGUUGAGAGGAGGCUUGAUGGCGCCCCCUGCCUGUGUGGAAAGAUAAUGUGCAAUGUUUUUUGUUUUUUUUAAAGAAAAAAAUACUUUAAUUCUAAAACAAAUUA